AAAGUUUUUGCGUCUGUCGCUGCUCUCUGCUAGACCUGCCUACCGCGGUGCACCGGGCGAAAACUAGAGCAGAUAGAGAGAGAAAAGAGGCAGAGUUGGAGGGCGAGAGAAAGAGAGAGAGAGCGAGUGAGCGAACGAGAGAGAGAGACAGGGAAGCCGGGGGUGGACCGUUAAUUUCAUCCACACACCGUCUUGAAUGCGUGGCGGACAGAGGAUCGAGCUCGUUUUCCGCUGCAAAACAUCACCGCGCCGAGGACCCGGGUGGACAUAGCCUUCGAGAGAAGAAGACAGAUAUUUAUAUAUAUAUAUAUAUAAAGCUUUUAUAGAUAGAUGUAUAAUAAUAUGGAUGAGUAUGAUGAAGAAAUUACUUAUAUGCACCAGGAAGAUGACUGGGAUCGGGAUCUCCUGCUGGAUCCUGCAUGGGAGAAGCAGCAGAGAAAGACAUUUACAGCUUGGUGUAACUCUCACCUGAGGAAAGCGGGAACACAGAUCGAGAACAUCGAGGAGGACUUCCGGGAUGGACUCAAACUCAUGCUGCUGCUGGAGGUCAUCUCAGGCGAACGCUUGGCCAAACCAGAGAGAGGCAAGAUGAGAGUCCACAAGAUCUCCAACGUGAACAAAGCGCUCGACUUCAUCGCCGGCAAAGGAGUGAAGCUGGUGUCGAUCGGCGCCGAGGAGAUCGUAGACGGCAACGCUAAGAUGACCCUGGGAAUGAUCUGGACCAUAAUCCUCCGCUUCGCCAUUCAAGACAUUUCUGUGGAAGAGACGUCUGCCAAAGAGGGGCUCCUGCUGUGGUGCCAGAGGAAGACGGCGCCCUACAAGAACGUCAACAUCCAGAACUUCCACAUCAGCUGGAAAGAUGGUUUGGGUUUCUGCGCGCUCAUCCAUCGACACCGCCCGGAGCUCAUCGACUACGGAAAACUGCGCAAGGACGACCCCAUGACCAACCUGAACACGGCCUUCGACGUGGCGGAGAAGUACCUGGACAUCCCCAAGAUGCUGGACGCAGAAGAUAUCAUUAGCACCUUGAGGCCAGAUGAGAAGGCCGUCAUGACUUAUGUGUCGUGUUACUACCACGCCUUCUCAGGCAAGCAGAAGGCAGAGACAGCGGCCAACAGGAUCUGCAAGGUGCUGGCUGUGAACCAGGAGAAUGAGCAGCUGAUGGAGGACUAUGAGAAGCUGGCCAGUGAUCUGUUGGAGUGGAUCCGUCGCACCAUCCCCUGGCUGGAGAACCGCAUGCCCGAGAACACCAUGCAGGCCAUGCAGCAGAAGCUGGAGGACUUCCGAGAUUACCGCCGCCUCCACAAGCCGCCCAAGGUGCAGGAGAAGUGCCAGCUGGAGAUCAACUUCAACACCCUGCAGACCAAGCUGAGGCUCAGCAACAGGCCCGCCUUCAUGCCCUCGGAGGGCAAGAUGGUCUCGGACAUUAACAACGGGUGGGGGAAUCUAGAGGGAGCAGAGAAAGGCUACGAAGAGUGGCUCCUCAACGAGAUCCGCAGGCUGGAGAGACUCGACCACCUGGCGGAGAAAUUCCGUCAGAAAGCGGCCAUCCAUGAAGCCUGGACUGAAGGAAAGGAGGAAAUGCUGCAGAAGCACGACUUUGAGACGGCCUCUCUGUCGGAGAUCAAGGCCCUGCUGAAGAAGCACGAGGCCUUCGAGAGCGACCUGGCGGCCCAUCAGGACCGAGUGGAGCAGAUCGCCGCCAUCGCUCAGGAGUUGAAUGAGCUGGACUACUACGACUCCCCCAGUGUGAACGCUCGCUGCCAGCGGAUUUGCGACCAGUGGGAUGCACUGGGAGCUCUGACCCAGAAACGCAGCGAGGCUCUGCAGAGAACCGAGAAGCUUCUGGAAACCAUCGACCAGCUGUACCUUGAGUUUGCCAAAAGAGCGGCUCCCUUCAACAACUGGAUGGAGGGCGCCAUGGAGGACCUGCAGGACACCUUCAUCGUCCACACCAUCGAGGAAAUCCAGGGGUUAAGCUCCGCCCACGAGCAGUUCAAGGCCACGCUGCCGGACGCCGACAAAGAGCGCCAGGCCAUUCUGGGCAUCCACAAUGAGAUCGCCAAGAUUGUGCAAACGUAUCACGUGAAUAUGGCCGGCACCAACCCCUACACCACCAUCAACCCGCAGGAGGUGAACGCCAAAUGGGACAAGGUCCGGCAGCUGGUGCCUCAGCGCGACCAGGCUCUGAUCGAGGAACACGCCCGGCAGCAGAACAACGAGCGCCUGCGCCGGCAGUUCGCCAACCAGGCCAAUGUCAUCGGGCCCUGGAUCCAGACCAAGAUGGAGGAAAUCGGCCGCAUCUCAAUCGAGAUGCACGGCACCCUGGAGGACCAGCUGACACACCUACGCCAGUACGAGAAGAGCAUCGUCAACUACAAGCCAAAGAUCGACCAGCUGGAGGGAGACCACCAGCUCAUUCAGGAAGCGCUCAUCUUCGACAACAAGCACACCAACUACACCAUGGAGCACAUCCGCGUGGGCUGGGAGCAGCUGCUCACCACCAUCGCCCGCACCAUCAACGAAAUCGAGAACCAGGUCUUGACGCGAGACGCCAAGGGCAUCACCCAGGAGCAGCUGAACGAGUACCGGGCCUCCUUCAACCACUUCGACCGGGACCACUCGGGCACUCUGGGCGCAGAGGAGUUCAAGGCCUGCCUGAUCAGCCUGGGCUUCGAUAUCGCCAACGAUUCACAGAAGAGAUCAGGAAUCAUGGACGCUGAAGACUUCAAAACCUGCCUAAUCUCCGUUGGUUACAACCUGGGUGAGAACGAGUUCUCCCGCAUCAUGAGCAUCGUGGAUCCCAACCGGAUGGGCGUCGUCACCUUCCAGGCCUUCAUCGACUUCAUGUCCCGCGAGACGACCGACACGGACACCGCCGACCAAGUCACGGCCUCCUUCAAAGUCCUGGCGGGGGACAAGAACUACAUUUUAGCCGACGAGCUUCUCCGGGAGCUUCCUCCGGACCAGGCGGAGUACUGCAUGGCCCGCAUGGCCCCCUACACCGGCCCCGACGCCGUGCCCGGGGCCCUCGACUACAUGUCGUUCUCCACCGCUCUGUACGGAGAGAGCGACCUCUGAACUCUGUCAGUCGUCCCGACUCGGGACCUCCCGCCGACCUGCUCUGAUCACCGCCACAUCCUCCGGCUGCCCCGUCACCAAAACCCUGUCCUAAUAUGCUCAUUUUUUGUAUGUCUCCAGCCUUAUCUUUUUGUCAUUAUCCUCUUUAUCUCCUCCUCCUCCUCCUGCCCCUCCCUGCUCCCUCCCACUCUGUCUCCGUUGUAUUUGCUUCCCACGCAAUGCAGCAGCCCUCCAGGUUUACAAAGAGGGAGAGAGAAAAAAAAUCUUUUGUUUCCAUUUUUAUUUUCUUGUUGUCGUUGUUUUACUUCAUAAAAUGAAUAAAGUUAACAUAUUUUAUUAUACUGAACAAAAAAAAAGAAAAGACGGUAUUUUUCUUCACCUGAUUGAAAAUAAGAAACAAAAAUUGAAAUAAAUAAAAAUUGAUAUACUU